AUGGCGGUCCAACAUCAUCUACCAUCUAAGACAGCUGAUGUGCGCAGGCGUCUAAUCCCCAAAUUCAAAAUAACUUUUGGGUUUGAAGCUACAGAGGUUCUAAUAGGACUUGGCCUUGCACAUCCUUUCUAUGGUAAUGGUCUCGCUGAGAUAGUGGACGAUAAUGACACUCUGUUUGUAGCAAAAGUUUUUCACAAGUCGUUUAUUGAAGUCAAUGAGGAAGGUACAGAAGCUGCGGCAGUUACUGCCGCUACAAUGAUGAUUGGGUGCUCAGGUGUGAUGAUUAAAGAGGAGCCGAUAGAUUUUGUUGCUGAUCAUCCCUUCUUGUUCCUUGUGAAAGAUGAUGCUACUGGUGUUGUUUUGUUCAUAGGGACUCUGUUGAAUCCUCUUAAUCAAUUUUAG